AUGGCUCAAGACGUUGGAAUUAAAGCCAUUGAGAUAUACUUCCCUAGUUGUUAUGUGGCACAAUCCGAGCUCGAGACCUUCUUGGGAGCAAGCGCUGGAAAAUAUACUAUCGGGCUAGGCCAGACGAAUAUGAGUUUCUGCGAUGAUCGUGAAGAUGUUUACUCGCAUGCACUCACGACCGUCUCGUCCUUGUUAGAUAAAUACUCAAUCGACCCUAGCUCCAUCGGACGCCUCGAGGUAGGAACAGAGUCUUUACUAGACAAAUCAAAGUCAUGUAAAUCCGCCCUCAUGCAGCUUUUCGGUAAGAACUCCGACAUCGAGGGAGCAGACACUUGCAAUGCUUGCUAUGGUGGAACAAACGCCCUCUUCAACGCUAUUAACUGGGUGGAGUUAUCUGCAUGGGAUGGCAGGGACGCCAUCGUUGUAGCAGGAGAUAUUGCGUUGUAUGACAAACCUGCCGCACGCCGGCGGCGCAGGCUGUGUUGCGAUGGAGAUUUCAAAUCGGAAUAUCCAAUCGUAGACGGGCAGUUCUCCAACAAAUGCUACCUCAAGGCUCUGGAUAAGUGCUACAAGCACUACCAGGCGAAAAAAGCCGCAGGGUCCAAGGCCGUCCGCAAUGGUACCGUGGGAGGAACCCCACUGGACUCGUUCGAUUAUUUCGCCUUCCAUGCUCCCAACUGUAAGUUGGUGGCCAAGUCGUAUGCACGGCUGCUGUACAAUGACUACUUCGCAGAUCCACUGAACCCUUUAUUUGAGGGAAUCCCCGCUGAGAUCAAAGAGAUUGGCUAUGAGGAUUCUCUGGGUGAUAAAAGAGUGGAACGGGUACAACCUGGUCUGACGGCACCGAUUAUGUGCGGAAAUUCGUAUACCGCUUCCGUGUAUUUUGGUCUGACUGGUCUGCUAAGCAAUGUGAAGAAUACGGAAUUGCUCGGACGGCGCAUUGGAUUCUUCAGUUAUGGUAGUGGGUUGGCCAGCAGCAUGUUCAGCCUCCGGGUCGGAGGGGGUACGGGUGGAAUGGUGAAAAAACUGGACUUGAUUCAGCGACUAGAAGGUCGACAGGCCAAGUCUCCUGAGUUUUACGACGAGAUGUGCCGGCUUCGCGAAAAGGCGUACCAACAGCAAAAUUAUACGCCACAGGGCAGCGUCGAAACUCUUGCAGGCACAUAA